GCACUUCGUCGAUCCAGCGAUCAGCUCCAGCAGCAGCUGCCGGGGUGCAAAUGGGGCCACACCUGCAAUGCGGUCAGGAAUCUCAUCUACAUUUUCGGUGGCUGCGGCCGGGACGAGUGCCAGACCAACGAUGUUCAUGUCUUCGACAUUGGGACGUACACCUGGAGCAAGCCUGUGAUGAAAGGAACGCACCCUUCUCCUCGGGACAGCCACAGCUCCAUGGCCGUCGGGUCUAAGCUCUAUGUGUUUGGUGGGACCGAUGGAAGCAACCCGCCAAACGAUCUCUUUGUUUUGGAUACUGCUACCAACACCUGGGGGAAACCCGACGUUUUUGGUGAUGUUCCUGCUCCGAAAGAAGGACAUAGCGCAUCUCUCAUCGGUGACAACCUGUUCGUGUUUGGGGGAUGUGGGAAAUCCAGCGAUCCCUUAGAGGAGGAGUACUACAACGACCUCCAUGUUUUGAACGCGAGUAAUAUCCUGUUAUCUUUCCUUGUUUUCUUCUAA